AUGAAAGCUACAAGGCUGAAUCAUUUAGAAGAAAUCGUAAAGAAAAAAAUUGAGCUUGAAAAACUUCAAGAUAAGAAAAAAGAUCUUGAAAACAUUGCUCUAGUCCUCCCUAAUUAAUAAAGAGCAAAUCUAUAAAGUUUUACCAAAACUAAUUUAAAUAUCGACAAUAAGCCAUCAAAAUUAUUACAAAAACAUUAAUUUAAAUAAUAGCUGGGCUACUAUAAAUCUCUUUAAUAUAUUGCAUUUUGCCUCCACAUCUGAAGCAUUUUAUUUAUUAAUUAUAAUAAUUUAAUAAAAAAUUGUCUAAGCUUAGCUCUUAUUAAAUAACUAAUAAAAAAUAUUCAUUACUAAUUCAGGGAUUAAGAGAAAACACACGCUUGGAAGCGAUUAAAGAAGAACAGGAACGAAGAGAUUAUAAGAGUUUGAAAAAUCUUGAAAGAAUAAUCAGCAAGGCAGAAAAUAUUGAUCAAGCUUUGAAGAGAGGGGAUUUAGAUAGGCAAAACCAAGUAUUGCUUGCAAGCGCACUUGAAGAAGGAGGAGACCAUGCGGAAAAGCAAAGAAAAAGAAUGGUUGAUGAAAUUAUCGCAAAGAGACAAAGGGAGCAGCAGCAAAAUUUACUUGAUCAAGAGCAAAAAAUUAAAGAAUUGAAUGAAGAAAGAUGGAAAAUCCUGAGCAAGCACGAAGAUCUGCUUAAAAAAAAACAAAUUCAUGCCAAAUUAGUUGAAAGAGGAGUUGACUUUUUAGCUGAAAUUGAACUUGGCCAAGCUCCUCCAAAAGAAUUAAUUAUGCAAAAUCUAGGAAAAAUUGAAAUUUCAAGCGAUGAGAUGUAUAAGCCUACACAUGAAAUCCUAUCAGAAGUGAGUGACGAAUUAAACCACUUAGAUGCCAGAAUUAAAGCUCUCACUUUCCCUCCCUCUGUGAGCAAGCAAAAAUUUUGCUCGCUCAAGUAGAAUUUUCUUUUGAUUAAAAACAUUGCUUUUUUAUUUAUCAGGAAUUGAUGGAAGAAAAAGGGUGUGGGACACAAAAAAUCUGCCUUGAAAUUCGAUCAAGGAUUGCGAGUUUGUGACGAAACCUUUGAUGAAAUCAAUUCAAAUUACAGUUUUAUUUUUUUUGGAACUGAUGAAGAGUCAAUGGGAGAAAUUCAUGAAAUUGAAGGAUUUGAAAUUGAUGCUGAAAUCUUGCAAGACUUAGGUUAUGGCGAGGCUGAGGCUAGAGAAGCACUAGCUAUAUGUGAGGGUGAUCUGGAGCAUGCAGUAGCAUUGCUUACGCCAGGAAUCUUAACAGGAGAAGAUGAAUUGGGUGAUGAAGAAAUGCUAGGCGAAGAAAUUGAUGAAGGGGGAGUGAAGGAAUAUGAGAAUUAUAAAGAAGAAAGAGCAUGAGAGGAGAGCAUAAGGGUAAUGAUUGCACAGCGUAACGGAGAAGUUUUGGAUCAUGGAGAGUUGAUGAUGGCUGCAGGAUUGUACAGUUUGGAGUUAAGACUAAAGAAAGAGUAUGAGAUUAAAAAGGAAGAAGACGAAGGGAUGGAAGAAAAGACUGAAGAAGUGAAAAGUAAUAAAAAUGCGGCAAAAUCUAAGAGGGCGCGAAAUGCCAGAAAAGUGAAGAAGGGUCAGAUGAGCUAGCAAUGAAGAAAUGGCAACCCCGGUUAUAAAUUGAGACUCAAUUGAAGUCCUAAGUGAAAACCCAACUGAAAGUCAAACUAAAAACUUAUUUGAACAAAAAUCAGCAACAAGAGAAAGCAAAGAUAAGAAGAAAUUAAAAGGAAAGCCAAAAGAAAAUCCUAAACUAGAAGAAAAAGGAAAAGAUAAGGCUGACGAAGAAGCAGAAAAAGAAGCAAAAAAGAAAGAGGACGCCCGUAGCGCAUGAAAUGACAGAUCUUGAUAGACCAAACGGUGUAGAGUCUAUCGUCAAGGAGGAAAACACGAAAAGUGGUCAAAAAUCCUGGAAAAAAAGGGAAAAAACCCAAGCAGUUAGGUAUAAAUCGCUGAUUAUUAGUGAAAAAACCCAUAAGGGUUUUCGGCAGGCUCUGCCCGCUAUAAUUAAUGAUGAUGAUGAUGAUGAUUAAAAACAGUGUAUAAAAAUUUCUUUUUGUAAACUAUCAAAAUUUUGAAACUAAAAUGCAAUUUGUUAUAAAUUUUUAUUUAAUAUUAAAAUUUUUAUACAGCUUUAGCCUAACCAUAAGCAGCGAGAAAACUUGCUAAUGAGAUGAAAUCGGCUUGGAGGAUAACCUUUUAACUCUCCAAAAUGCCACUCUUUAAGCCGAUUCCUCCCAUCAGCAAGUUUUUCUUGCUGCUUAUGAGGAUAAGGAUGCAUAAAUUUUUAGAUUUUUUAAUUACAAGGAAAUGGCUUAUUUCUGAUAAAAAAACCUUGAAUUUUAACAAUGGUUUUGCUCUCUUACGGAGUAGGGGAGGGUCAGGGACCAGAAAGAAGGAACUUUGAGAUAUAUUCAAUGAAUAAAUCGACCAUAUAAUGGAGAAGCUGACAUAAGAAGAGAAAGACCUGAUUUAAGUCUGGAUACUUAUGUAGCCAUGAAAGAGCUUGUCUAUGAUUUAGUUGACGAAACUUGGCAGAAAAUUGCGAAAUUCGAAAGUGACUUAGAUAUAAUAAACAAAAAUAGAAACUAUUAUGAGCACAAGUCGCAAGUUAUUGAAGGAACACUUGAUUAUCUUGCUAUCCAACAGCUCAUGAGAAUUGUCACACUGCAGUAUGUUGAAGACGUCGUAAUUGAGAUGACAAAUGAUAUAGCAGGGGAUAUCUUAAGUAUUUGCAAAUUUUCUGAAAAUAUUAUGUUCAAAUUUGUUGGAGCUGCUAUAGCAAAACAUAAAAACAUCAAAAAUGAAGAAGAAGUCCCAAAUUACCUCAAAAGCUUAUUGAAAUUAUAA